GAAAUACUGUUUUCGACCACGUGACUACAUCCGGGGCACCUGGCCGUAUUGGAUGGGUUCACAAACGCUUUUGCAUACAGAAAGGAGUUACACAAAUAUUCGUACGACUGUUAAAAGUGACGCAUGACGGCUCAAAAGACUUUGAAAACUUAUCGGGGCUCAUUAAAUGUUGUUUCAAGAAACCGUUAGGACAAGUAGUGCGCUUUGAUUGACAAUAUCGACCCAUAUGCACGAAUGUGGGUGUCGGUAACCUAUCCAGACAUUGUCAACUAUCUCCUCUUCUCGACGAGCGCUUAUACCAACAUAUAUUGGACCUACUAAAGAAUUACAAAGGUCUGGAGGCCUACAACUAAUUCAUCAAUGGCUGGGUUCGCCAUGCGGUGUAUCCAUUGUAAGCAACCUGUGUCUCCACACUGCUCAGAGAGAGAGAGGUUCGACCGGGACGAGUCCCAAGUGGAGCCCGCACCUUUUUCUCCACUUCCAUGGCUACAUUUUUAACUCGACUCACGAAACAGCUAGCGGUUGUGACCGGCGGCCACUAUGACGUGGACUGCCGCCUGGAGGACCCGGAAGGCACAACUCUCUACAAGGAGAUGAAGAAGCAGUACGACAGCUUCACCUUCACCGCCGCCAAGGACGGCACAUACAAGUUCUGCUUCAGCAACGAGUUCUCCACGUUCACGCACAAGACGGUCUACUUCGACUUCCAGGUCGGGGACGACCCGCCGCUCUUCCCCAACGAGAACAGGGCCACCGCCCUCACCCACUUGGAGUCGACCUGCGUAUCUAUCCACGAGGCCCUGAAGUCCGUCAUCGACUACCAGACGCACUUCCGCCUGCGUGAGGCGCAGGGACGCAGCCGCGCCGAGGACCUGAACACGCGUGUGGCCUUCUGGUCCAUUGGCGAGGCCCUGGUCCUGCUGGUGGUCAGCAUCAGUCAGGUGGUCCUGCUCCGGAGCUUCUUCUCCGACAAGAAGACCACCACUACCCGCAUGGGAUCUUAACACCAUCUCCUACCUUUUAUUUUAUUUUUGUUGUUUUUUUUUUUUUUGGUGGGGGUGGGGGGUUGUCCACCUUUGGCUUUUUUUUUUUUUUUUUUUUUUUUUUUUUUUUCUUCAUAGUGUCCUGAACAACAGAGAGAUUUGGAUUGUAUGCUUUGGUUCAGCUUCUGUUUUAAAACACUAUGUGGGGGAAAAAGUCUUAUAGAUUGAAAUUUGAUUUAGACAUACAAAAAGAAAAUAUUGUGCUUUUAAAAAUCGACUAUUACUACUGAACACAGGUGGCAAAGGCAAGCCCCUUCAGUAUUUGAAAUUUCUCUUUUAACGCUGUCCUCUUUAUUUCAGAUUUGUUGGGUUUUUUCAGUUAAACUCGAACAUGACUAGCGCUGGUCUUUGACCCAAAUAUAUAUAUAUAUAUAUAAUAUAUAUAUAUAUAUUUUUUUUUUUUUUUUUUUUUUUAAGGCUAUGAAAAUGAUAGUCCAUAACAAAAAGAAAAAAAAAAUCACAGCUUUAGUUCGUUCCACAACUAAUUCGGCUGGAAUGUUGUCACAUGAUUUGUCCAUUUUCCAAGCCGCUUAUUCUCACAAAGGUCGCGGGAGUGCCUAGCCCGGCUAACUUGGGCGGAAGGUGGACGACAACCUGAAUAUUUCUGUGGUAUUUUAUGAUUGAAUAUGUUCCAGUGACAUGUUGUCUGCUGUUCAAUGACACUUCAAUGGAAUCGUUCAGUCCCAGUUGUCAUAUUUUCAGCAGAAAGCAGCAUAAUACAACAAUAUUCCACCGCAUCCUCAGUGUUCCACAAACAUUUGUGCCAGUACGAAGGAAUUUUCUGAAAAAAAGUGUUCUUGUGGAUUUUUUGUUUUCAUACAGUCUAGUUAAAUUCAGAGAAUUAUUUGCAAACGAUAACGCACACAUUGGUGUUUGGAAAUUUGUAAGAAGGGUUAGCAUAGAUUCAUUUGUAUUAGAUGCAGACCUCCAGAGCUAGCCAAUCUAUGUGAAUUCAUAAUGUUUGAUGUCACUUUUACAACGCUGCAUGUGUAUACACAGAUGUGUUUUUUUUAAACAGUUAAAAGGGGACUGGGGAUGAGUUAAGUUAUUGGAAUGACUGAAUAAACUCUGUUCAACUAUG